AUGAAUGAUAGGGAGAGAAAGGAAACGAUAGUGCUGCAGACGAAUGUACAAAGAAAGGGAGUGGCGAUGGAUGUGAUGUGGAAAACGGUGCAAGAAGAAGGAGUGAAUGUGCUAGUAGUGUCUGAGCCAAAUAAAAAGAGAGUGAAAGGGGUAGAGUGGAUGACAGAUGUGAGAGAAGAUGUAGCGGUGAGAGUGUGUGGACGGCAUGAAAAGGGAGAGAUGUUUGGGAAGGGCGAAGGUUUUGUAUGGAUCAAGUUUAGUGACUGGGUAUUGUAUGGAUGUUACAUAUCUCCCAAUACUGGUAUUGGGAGAUAUCGAAAGUUCCUGGAUGAUCUGGGUGAAAGUGUGAAUACAUGGGAGGGGGAGGUGGUGGUCGCAGGGGACUUCAAUGCGAAGUCACCCCUGUGGGGCUCCCCCAUAAUAAAUGACGUGAGAGGAAGCUUGCUCGAGGAUUGGAUGGCUGAGAGGUGCAUGGUUUGUCACAAUUGCGGAAAUGCCCCCACCUUCCUGCGAGGUGCUCAGAAGUCACAUAUUGACCUGACCCUCAGCACGGAAGGGGUGGCUAGAAGAAUGAAAGAAUGGAGAGUGCUAGAGCACGAGAAUCUGAGCGAUCACCAGGACAUAGUAUGGGUGUUGGGUAAGACAGGAGAGUGUAUGAGAGGUGAGGACAGAACGAAGGACAUGGGAUGGAGCGUAGCGGAAGAUAAGAUGGAAAGACUGGCUGAGGUGAUGAAGGAAAGAGUAAAGACGAUGGAUGAACGUAAAGACCUAGUGUAUGAGACGAAGAGAGUACUAGAGGAAAUGUGUGACAGGGUUUUAAAAAAAAAGGGAUGUAUGGGAAAGAGGAAAGGAGUGUAUUGGUGGACGGAUGAGAUAGCAGAAAAGAGAAGAGAAUGUUUGAGGAAGAGAAGGAAAUGGAUGAGGUGCUAUAAAAAGGGAGGCAAUACAGAAAUAAUAAUGGAGAAAGGGAAAGAAUACAAACAAACAAAAAAAAGAAUUGAAGAUAAUGAUCAACAUAUCGAAGGAAAAUGCGUGGAAGAGAGUGUGUGA